AUGAGCGCCGACACUCUACGUCGUGAGGGACGUAUUGCCUACGGCAACGGCGAGUAUGACAAGGCACUGGACCUGUUUCGGCGAGCAGUAAAGCGAGGCGAUCCAUCAGCAACACUACUCGAUCAUCUGGCGGCCACGCACGAGAAACUCAACGACCUGGACGAUGCUCUCAAGGCUGCGAAGAAGACGAUCCAGACAUGGCGCGAACAUCCGACAGGAUACUUGCGUGCUGGCAGAAUACUGGUGAAGAUGGGAAAGAAGUCCACCGCACUUGACAUCUACAACCAGGCCUUGAAGGUGGUCAAGCAUGUCGGGAUAGGCUACGAAGAGCUGAAGAAAGCGCAGGCGGACGUGUUGAAGGACGUGGCUCCGCCGAAGAGUGUCGAUCCCCUCACAGUGCUUCCGCGAGAGAUGGCAUUGAUGGUGUUGGAGUAUCUGAGCUUCAGGCAGAGGACCGCCAUAUCGCGAGUGUCGAAGGGCUGGAGGGAUUUCAUACGCUCCGAGCCGAAUCUCUGGAGGCAUCUGGAUCUUACAGGAGCACGAGCGAGGGUCUUGAACAAGUUCAUCAGUGCCGCCAUCAAUACUGCGUACUCAAAGCUCGAAGCUGCGACCCUCAACAGGCUGAAUGACUUUGACAAAGUGCUUGCAGCAUUGGCAUCAAGACCUUCACUACAAAGCUUAACGCUAUUGGAAACUGGUCUACAAGGGCAGAACCUGGUCGACGUCUUACGGAAAGCGAAGGGUUUGCGCGAGCUGAGGAUCCUGCAUGGCACCGACAUCAGCCAGACUGUCUUGCAUUCCCUCGCACGCCAACAUAGCGACAGGCUCGAGCUCCUACAAUGUGCACGAGUCAGACACAUAUCAUUUGGCUCGACAUGGCAUUUCAAGCUGCCCAUGCUCACGACUUUGGACCUAACGGCCGAUACCAUCGACGCAAUACUGCUAUGCGCCAAUCUGAGCGAGAACUCUCCGAAAUUGCGCUCUUUGACGUUGCGUGAGUUGACGACACCGACUUUACUACCCGAUCUUGGUUUUCUGGACCUUCGCCAAUGUCAGAAUCUCGAGUACGUCCGGCUACGUCUGCGUUUUACUUCUCCACAACAGCUCACCCUCCCGCCGUCUGUCAAGGUGCUGGACCUCGCGACAUCCUGUGGCGGAUCGUAUGUAGGCAGCAACUUUUUCAUUUCCAUGGAAGGUGCCGCCAAUGACCAAGCGGGCCUGAAGUGGUCAAGACUUCCGAAUUUACUCGAUGUCAAACUGCACUUUCCCGGGGCGAUCCUCUCUGAUGUGGUUGGUCCGUUCAACAUAACUCACUACGAGGGCAAGGAGAUACCCGAUAUCUCAAAGCUCGAAUCACUGUGUAUGGUCAACCCCAACAUACCAUCGAACACCAUCCUCCUGGAGGAGAGAUUGAUUGACUUGGAGCACUGGGCGAUUACAGGAUGCCUGGACCUCAAGGAUGAUCAUGUCGAGAGUAUGAUUCGUUCCUACAAGAAGCUUCGCUCGCUCGAUUUCAGCGGGAGCUCUAUCACUGGAAUUGCGAUCAAGGAGAUCGUCAAAGCUGGACAUGUCAAAGAACUGGUAGCCAACGACUGUCUACAAGUCGGACGAGAUGCAGUCGACUGGGCAAGAGCACAAGGGUUGAAGGUGCAGUUUGGGAACACGAGCAAUCAGAUCACUGGCAAGAAGGUGCGAUAUUAA